AUGACUUAUAAUAUUACUCUUUCAAUGUCUCGAGGAAGUAACCAAUAUAAAAAAUACUUUUAUGUUUUACCUGAUAAACCAAAUGAUUAUAAUCACUUGGAAUGGUUAAAUUGGGUUGCUGAUAAUGACACAGAAACUACAAUUGAAAAUGAACUUUAUAAUAAUGGUGAAGGUUUUAUUAAUACAUCAUCUAAAGAAAUAAAUAAUUUACAAAAUCUUUCUAUUCCAAAUAAAAAAAAGACUCUUGGAAUUUGUCCAGAGACUGCUUGGACUGGUCCAAUAAGUCCAAUUGCCAACAAUGAUUAA